UAGAAUGAAAGAUGUUGGUAUUUUGAUACUUUUGAAAUUAUUCAAAGUAUUGCCGGAUAUCACGUCCUUCUCUUUAAAUUUGGAUGAUAUACACGAUCCAAAGCGAUAACAAGGAAAUGUUACGCAUUGUAGUUUUUACGUUGCCCAUUUACUGGUGUAACGGUUACAUUCGUUAUUUAUCAGGCUGAUUUCAACCUUCAGAUUAUUUGUACUAUCGACCUCAUCCAUCCAGAGUCUGUUUCAACAAAUUUUGAUAAAUGUUUCUGAAUUUAUCGAUAAAAUAGACUAUAUAGGAAAGUCAUAAAGAAAAAUAUCUAAUUUUCUGGUUGAACUAGGGAAUAAAAGAGGUUUAAUAUUACAUAUAUUCGGGUGGGCACUCGCGCGUGCAUUCAUACAUACGUACGCGCGUACAGUGUUUAUUAAGAGGUAUAUUUCUUUUUGUUUUUCUUUUCUUCGCUCUUGCCCUCUCUCACAAAAUAUCAGAAAAAUGAGUACAUAACACGUUGCGCGUUAUCAUUCCCCACCAAGAUUCGACAUGCCUUUUCCGCAUCUACUUUUACUAACACGCUCAGCGUCUUAUCCACGUUUCCUUUCCCUUUUUGCGUUUAGUAAGGAACACGUGUAAAAGUAUAAAAUGAAUUCGCGUGGAGAACAUCGAUUCAGUCAAUCGCAACAUGUGGUUGGGAUAUGCACGUAUUUGCUACUGUUUCUGUUCAUAGAUUCUCGUGAUUUUUGUUAAACUUGUUCCUUUGACGGUCCGAGAAUAGAGAUGAAAAUAAGAACGUGAUCGUAUUGUGUUUAACUUGAUUUUUGAAUCAUUUGGCGAAUUUUUUUCUCGGCUAAUUUGUAUCUUAUAAUUUUUAUCGUGUAACUUUUAUCGUGUUUCUCGUUUCAACAGCCAAUCGUCAAAGAAUAUAUAUAUUUUCGUUCAUACAAUGCUGCCUACCUGGAAAGCGUGUUGUGGAAGAAUACCGCAACGAUGGAUAUUUGCGAUAAUGGGAUUUUUGGCAUUGUUUAAUGCUUACGCGAUGAGAGUCUGUCUGUCGAUCACGAUUACCGAGAUGGUAAUUCAAACGCCUGGAAGCGCAACACACAAUGGUCAUAAUUGCUCGGUUAUAGGGGAGACGACCUACGAAAAUGUUGCCGUAACAAAGCCAUCGAACGUGAAACAAUAUAACUGGGAUGGAAUCAUGCAGGGUAUAAUCCUGUCGUCGUUUUACUGGGGCUAUGUGAUAACGCAUUUACCUGGUGGGAUGCUGUCUGAAAAAUUCGGUGGAAAACAUUCUCUUGGUUUGGGUAUAUUAGCGACCGCGGUUUUCACGUUAAUUACACCGAUCAUUGUGGAAUUUGGAGAAGCAACAGGUCUAAUCGCCGUUCGUGUUUUAAUGGGUCUUUGCGAAGGGACAACAUUUCCGGCAUUAAACGCAAUGCUCGCACAAUGGACGCCACCCGAGGAAAGAUCCAAAAUUGGUUCACUGGUAUUCGCUGGUGCUCAACUUGGCACGGUAUUUGCAAACUCUUUGUCCGGAAUAAUUCUUCAUUAUUCGUCGAUAGGAUGGCCAGCUGUGUUUUACGUGUUUGGUAGUAUCGGAGUACUUUGGUUUUUGCUCUGGUUGGUAACGUGUUAUAAUAAUCCAGAUACGCAUCCAUUUAUUUCCGAAAAAGAAAAGAGCUUUCUGCAGGAAAGGAUGCACGCACAUACGCAUAAAAAGCCGCCUUCGGUACCAUGGAGACACGUUCUUAAAUCUGUACCAGUUUGGGCAUUAAUAGCAGCACAAGUUGGUCACGAUUGGGGUUUUUUUACUUUAGUAAAUGAUCUUCCUAAAUACAUGAGCAACGUACUCAAAUAUUCCAUCAAAGAUAAUGGGUUAUUGUCCGCUUUACCCUAUUUAACUAUGUGGAUUUGUAGUAUAGUGACAUCUUGCUUAGCCGAUUGGAUGAUCACGAAAGGUUUAAUGUCGCGAACUAAUGUACGUAAACUAGGUACCACUAUUGCCUCGCUCGGACCGGGAAUAUUUAUUGUCGGUGCGUCUUACGCCGAAUGUGACAGAACAACUGUUGUUAUUCUGUUCACCAUCGGUACAACGUUAAUGGGAACGUUUUAUCCAGGAAUGAAAGUAAAUGCUCUGGAUCUUAGUCCAAACUAUUCCGGUACCUUAAUGGCUCUAGUAAAUGGAAUAGGCGCUUUUACCGGUAUUUUGACACCGUACAUCGUUGGUGUAUUAACUCUGAAUGAAAGUCUUACCGAAUGGAGAUUGGUAUUUUGGAUUGUUUUCAGUUUUUUUAUUUUGACUAAUUUGAUUUUUGUACUGUAUGCAAGUGGAGAAGUUCAAUACUGGAAUGAUCCUGAAUUUAUUAGAACGGAAAGGGAAGAAAGGCGAACGAAAACUGCGGAUGAAAAAGAGCAAAAAAUCGAGAAAUCUCUUCCUUAAAAUCACUAUUGCAAACUUCAUAUUUCCAUUCCAUAAAUUUCUCCUCAUUCUUUCUAAUAAUCAACGUGCGUUCUUCUUUCACAGUCCGAACAGAAUAUGCAUAGGACAUGCAUGAAUGUUUAUACGAGUGAUUCAUUCAACUUAAAAUGUAGAAGAUGUAUUUACGUUCUUCACUUUCAUCACUAUCUAUUUUAUCAUACUCGUUAGAUUUUCUAUUGAUCCAAAAUAUCCUGUCCGUUCAUUAAUUUAUAAAAUGUAUUAGACUAGUACAAAAGUUCGUUCCAUUUUCUAAAUAAAAAUUUUUAUUACAGACUAUACAGCAUUCAAAGUAUGAUAAACAACGAAUAUAAAAAAAAGAAAGAAAAAGAACUAUAUUUUAAAUAUCGAACGAAUUUUUGCACGGACCUAAUACUGCUUCAAAUUCUUUGGAAGCUGCUAUUUUUUCCCAUUUCUUCUUUCGUCUAGUCCAAGUUCGAAACGAAUGAUAUGUCGAACAACUAUAUAUAUGUAUACACACACACGCACGCAAAUAUCUAUCGAACACACGUUGUCGAACGAGAAUGAAAAACACAUUCAGUUAAUGUUACAUCGACGUGUUCUCGCGACUAACGAGAUUCAGUGUACCUGAAAAAUAUUUUUAUAUUUACGUGUGUUAAAGUAGGUGCAUACAACGUUAAAUGUUAUUAAAAUUGUUAUUAAAACAAGUAAAAGAAUAAUGAAGAUGAUGCACCUGUGUAAAAUCGCAAGUGUUUACAUUUACACAUGUAUA